UCUCUCUCUCUCUCUCUCUCUCUCUCUCUCUCUCUCUCUCGCAAGUGACAAUGUUGCUCCGUCGUGCAACAGCACUGCCCAAAACCCUACAAAACCUCCGGUUAUUCUCUCCGGCGGCGACCGCUUUAGCUCUAGAUCAGACCCUCGAAACCCAAUUAGAUUACCUCCCUGGAUUCCCGCGACCCGAUCCAAAGUACGCAGAGACGAUUUUGGCCGUUCCACGGUCUGAUUCCGGCAAGAACAUUUCGGCGAAAGAGCGCAAAGCGGGUCGAGUUCCUUCGAUCAUAUUCGAACAGGAGGAUGGGCAGCACGGAGGAAACAAGAGGCUUGUCUCAGUUCAGACGAAUCAGAUCAGGAAGCUCGUGACUCAUCUGGGCUACUCUUUCUUCCUCUCUAGGCUCUUCGAUGUCGAGGUUCGAGCUGAGCUAGGUUCUGAUGAGGUCAUUGAGAAAGUCAGGGCUUUGCCUAGAUCGAUUCAUUUGCACGCCGGAACAGAUGCUCCACUGAAUGUGACAUUCAUAAGAGCGCCUCCAGGUGCUUUGUUGAAGGUCGAUAUUCCGCUAGUGUUCAUAGGAGAUGAUGUUUCUCCUGGACUAAAGAAAGGAGCAUCUCUGAACACAAUAAAAAGAACGGUAAAGUUCCUGUGCCCAGCAGAGAUUAUCCCUCCAUAUAUAGAAGUAGAUCUCAGCCACUUGGACGUUGGACAAAAGCUAGUAAUGGGAGACCUCAAAGUUCAUCCCGCACUAAAGCUUAUAAAGCCCAAAGGCGAACCCAUUGUUAAGAUCGCCGGAGGACGUGUCACUGAUCAGCCAAAGAAAUAACUUUGAGGUGCAAGCCAAAAUGUUGCUCAUACUUGUCUUUUCUAAACGUUGAUGAAAAAAAUUAUGGAUCAAUCUUCUUAGAACUUUAAGGAUCCUUUGAGGAUGGAGAUUUUUUUUUUUGUGUGUGUCGUUAGUGUUGCCGGAGAGCUCUAGUUUUCUAUUUUUUCAUUCUACUAUGCAUAUUUUUCACAUGUGGACAGUUUAUUUACAAAACAUUUAUAAAUAAGCGUAGAAAGAGAAGAAAAACAACAGU